UUCUUCUCUUUAUUCGAGUCGCUUCCUUUCUCUGCAACCAAAGAGUGUUGAAAUGCAACAUUGCAGCUUUUCUUAUCUUUAGCACAGUUUGAAGAACAUAUGCCUACUCACUGUGUUCAAAGGAAGGAGAAAAAUCCAAAAUCUGAAACAAAAAUUGGAAAUGAAAUUAAAGAGAGAAAUCCCUCCAAGGGAUUUGAAAAGGCAAACUCCUUUUACUAUCGAAUCGGCAGUCACCAAUUCUUUCAAGAAGAAAUCAAGGGGAAUAGUUAAGCCUCCUAAAUCAGCAGUACUUGAUAAAGCUGAAGAAAUUCAAUCCGGUUUGAAUCCAAAUUACCCUAGCUUCAUCAAACAGUUGCUCCGUUCACAUGUCAGUGGGUCUUUUUGGCUGAAACUUCCAAAGGCAUUCUGCACUCCGAAUCUACCAAGAAAGAACAUUCUUCUUACUUUGUUGGAUGAACAAGGGGAUGAAUACACGGUCAAAUGCGUUGCUCCAAGGUUCGCACUGAGUGCUGGAUGGUCAAGGUUUGCCACUGCACACAAGUUAGUUGAGGGAGAUGCCUUGGUUUUCCAUUUAGUCGAGGCUUAUAAAUUCAAGGUUUACGUAGUCAGAGCAUGCGGCUUGGCAGAUGCUGACCUUCCUUGUGAUCUUCCAAGCAGUGAUAUUCCUCCACAAGGGAGUCUCCGAGGUGCCGCAGGUGCUACUGGAAGGAAAAUAACUAAGAAAAGCACAGGGAACCUAACAUAUCAUUCUGGACAACAUAUGGUUAUCCCGUCAACUUGUGGUGAAGUGAAUGCAACUUAUGGAACUCCUGCAGAAAAGCACAUGGAGUCUCAUCCUUCGAUCCCUUUCCUUAAAACUAAGCUUGAACAGCAUGAUGAACAUACUAGUGCUGUGGAGACAGAAUUCUUCAUGAGCUUGGAUAGUUUCAAGAUAGUAGUUGACGGAAUGCUUAUAGAUACCGAGAUAUCUGAAGAUGUUCGAACUAAAUACCACGAGCUCUGCUGCAGUCAGAAAUCUUAUCUUCAUAAACAUCUUGUCGAGGGACUAAACCGUAGAAUCAUUGCCGAAAUCAUCUCCGAAAUAGUAAAUAUUGUGGAUGCCAUCAGAUCUAGCAGUAAGCUCAGUACUCCCAAGGAUAAAUUUAAAGCAUGGGAGAAGAGCCUAAAAUCUUGUAAACACAUGGGAAUGAAUGUCGAUUUCUUGCUGGCUCGUGUGACCAUACUUCUGCAACAAUCUUCAGCAUUCGAUUACAACGCUGCAGUGAUAGAAGAAAACCGUCUGGAAGAGGAGAUAGCAGCUCGCCGUGUAAAAAUUCUUGAAUUAAGAAAUGACUGGGUGAGACUGGAAAGACAACUAAGAAAUCUGAAAAGCAACAGAGAGAAGCACGAAUCAGCAUUCCAAAGUAUCGUAAACUCUCCUUGGUGAUUUUACUUGGCUGCCAUGGGGUACUGUUCUGUUCUUAAGCUCUUGACUCAUGAUAAAGGUACGGAGCGCAAAUUCCAUCUGUUUUGUGCAACUGUUGGUGCCAAGUCUUAACCGGGAGCACCUUCCGGUUGGCCUUCCUAUGUUCGGGACCUCCUCAGGUAGUUGAAGAGCCUCAAUGACUGUUCCAAGUGUCUGUAAUUAUUAAAUACAAAUGAAAGCGCCUUAAAAUUAGUCUUCUACAAGUGUUGUUCGUUUAGGAAUGCUAAAACUGCAGCGCUUGUGUGCUGUCUAUUUGGAUGAAAAGCCACGCUGUAAUAAAAUUUUUGGUGUAACCUUAACAACAAAUGUCUGGGUGGUGUAGUUGGUUAUCACGUUUGCCUCACACGCAAA